AUGAAUCCUUUUGCAAGUAUUAAGCACUAUUUCCCAAACUUGGAUCCCAAUGUACUCAAUGAUAAAGAUGUUUUGAUCAAGUUGUUGGAGUUUGUUAAAAUUAUCACUCAGGAGAAAGAGAAAACUAAACAAAUUCAGGAGGAAACAAGGCAGAUGCAACAGAAAACAAAGCUGAUGCAGGAGAAAACAAACCUCUUGAUGGCACAGACAGAAAUUGCAAAACUCCAACAAAGAAUUCAUCAGACGAAAAGACUGAGCAGCGCAAACCAUUCCACCCCAUCCAAUCACGAAUUUUAUUUAAAAAUCAAGGACUCCCUUACUCAUGUCGAUCAGCCUUAUUGGUUAACAAGCUGCGAUAAAGCAACAACAACUUGUAAUUCACUUUUCGUCCAAAAAGCUUUUAAAACGGACGAUGAGGUUCAAGAUGCAAUCCUCCAAAUCCUUGAAAGAAAUUUUUCAGAGCAUGAUUGUAAAUUUACAGCUUUGGACACUAGAGAUUAUGUUACGAUCGGAAACUACAAACCGUUCAUGGUUCUUGUUUCCAAAUGGCUGAACAUCCAUGACAUUUCAGAUUUGGCACAACAGGAAGGUUUGAGUAAAAUUGUCGAAGCUGUUAUUGAAGUGAAGGCUAAACUAAAUGAGGAGGAACAUAUCGGGCAGGUGUUUAAAUAUUUGUAUGAAGUGAGCAAGUACAACAAACAUAGAAAAGUAUUUAUCGCAGCCUUGUUGUCUUAUACUGAAAUUCGGAUUGUGCGCUUAUACUUCAAUGAAACAGAGGUUAUCCAUGAGAUUAGUGCUCCUUUCGUAUUAUUUGAUCCAAAGAUUAAGAGCAAUGAUUACACUUCUCAAGGCCUCACCUAUUUGUAUUCAAUGCUUCAAUAUGGUAAUAUUGAGGAUCCAGUUCCAACUCCAGACUAUUUUGUUACUGUAAAGAAAUUAUUGGGAACAGGUGGAACGUGUAACGUUUUUAAGGUUGUUAUAUCAGACUUCAAGACUCGAAAAAGAGAUUGUGCUAUGAAACUCUGUAACUCCCACCAAGACCAUAUAUUGCAAUCAAUGAAAGAUGAACAACAAAUACUUGCAAGGAUACAAGAUAUUCCACACACACCAAAGAUGAUCCACAAAAAUCAGCAUUGCGUUUUCUUUCCAGUGUAUGAGCCCUUCGAAAACUUUAUCCAAAACACUUUAGAUGGUCAAAAUAUACUAAAUUCUGUGGCGCCUCUAACUUCACUUCUCGAAGCAAUUCACAAAAGAGAAAUCUAUCAUAGAAAUAUCAAGCCAGAGAACAUCUUACAAGAUGCAAACGGCACGAUUAUUCUUGCAGACUGGGGAUUCGCUAUUGAAGAACGCGAAUCUUUUUUUCAAGGAUUCGCAGGAACAGCAGCUUUUUGUGCAGAAGAAUAUGUGAGAAAUUGGAUUGACAACAAAGGAAUUGAAUAUAAGGCCUAA